AUCAAGGUUAAGUGUUAUUGUCAGCAUGAUUUGCAUAUUUUUUUCAUGUACAGUUCACUUCUUUAAUGUUUGGUAACUAAACAAAAGCAGCUCCUAAAGGUUUCCCAGAAUUUUCAGUUUGUGUUGAAAUUUAUCUCUAGCAUCCUAUUUCUUAUGAGUUGAACCAUAUUUUAGUUGUGCUGAAUUUGUCUGGGUCAUAUAUUCUGUGAUCUGAAUUCUGUUUAUUUUGUGGAGUACUAGACUAUUGGGAUCCGUGACCCAAGUAAAUGAAGUAAUUGUGAAUUGUGAUAAGGCUUUGCUGAGUCAAGCUUAGUCUAACAGAGAUUGGUAACAUAAUGGCCACAUCAGAAGCAAGAGCAACAAGGCAGCAAACAGCUAACUAUCGCUUUGCCCAAGAAGAUUCCAGGAGAGCUCCAAAUUUUUCUUGCUCCCCGUCAUCUUCCUCAAAAUCGGAAUCCGAUGUUUCACCUGAUAGUGCUGCAAAUGGACCUGAUCAUCCCUCCCCAAUGCGCACACCUUAUAAAUCAUAUUCUGAUCCACCAACCAACAUGAGGUGGUGGUUGAACCUGCAGCCGAACUUUGGACACCCCAAAGAUUUUACUCAUGAACAGCUAAAUGCCUUGGAGGCUGAGCUUGAAGUUUUAAGUUCUGGAUUUGUUAAUAAAACUACAAAAAUUAAUGAGGAUCAUCAAACAAAGGAAGAAGUUAAUAAUCAAACUGUUAAAGAAAAUAAUUCUUUUAUGGAGAAACCUUGGGAUUUUUCUGCCAGUUGUUUGAAAAAUGAAAAUAAUACUGGAAUGGGUGAAGUCAAGGAUGUACUCAGUAAUGAUUCACAGAAAACUCUUAAGAAGAAAGACUUGGGGGAGUUCUGGUACUUAGAUGACAAAUUCAUGGGCUUGGAUUCUUUCAACUGCUUGGUCCAUGAACAAGCUAAGAAGCUUUCUUCUGAUCUGGGAUCCGAUUGGGUGGGAGCUGAGAAGACUGAAACCUGGUGGCGCACUGCUGGUCAAGAUGAGUUGGCUUCGUUGGUUGCUCAGAGGUCACUUGAACAUAUUGAGAAUUGUGAUCUUCCAAGGCCACAGGUCAAGCAUUUUAGGAAGGGACCGUCUGCUCAUACAGAGCAUUUCCACCAUGAUGAGAGUUUGGCUUCAUCUUUAGAUCAGACAGUUAAUAAGGGAUUCUCCAAUCUGGAGAACCGUGCAUGGGAAAGUUCCACUACAGAUUACUCACAACAGAAUUCGGACCAGCAUUUCAGCCUCAGUAUUGGUAAUAGUACUACCAAGGUUGAGCCUGACGAUGAUCCUAGCAAGACAGAGUUGUUGGAGGCACUGUGUCAUUCUCAAACACGAGCAAGGGAAGCUGAGAAAGCAGCUGAGCAAGCCUAUGCUGAUAAGGAGCAUGUUGUUACACUCUUUUGCAAACAGGCGUCACAGGUCUUUGCUUAUAAACAGUGGUUCCAAUUGCUGCAGCUGGAGAACCUGUGCCUCCAGCGUAAGAACAAAAACCAACCUAUCUCUGGUCUUUUUCCGUCUGGCUUACCUUGGUUUCCGCACAGGGUCAGACAGACAAAGAAGGAUCAGCACAAGGCUGGAAAGAGAAGGCAUAGUAAACGAAGGAGUGAGAUUAGAAAACGUGCUGUUGCUUUUGCAGUGGGGUUGGGUCUUGCCAGUGCUGGUUUGCUCCUUGGUUGGACCAUGGGAUGGUUGUUUCCAUCUCUUUAAAUUGAUCCUUUAUCAUGGCUGUCAAUAGCACUCAUGCCAUUUGCUAUCAUGCUACGAAUGGAAUUUGCUCUUCAUGUUCAUAAUUGGGCUACAUGGGGAUGCAUGUUUCAGAUUGGUGACUUUUUUUUCAAACUUCUGUAAGUAUUAAUGCAGUUUGGAUUUAUUUACUGUGUAUAUUAAGUACAUAAUUUGUACAAAUUAUGUGACUAGAUAUAGAUAUGUAUAUAAUUGAGUAAAAAAAAUUUAGAUUGGAUUGUCUGUC